UAGAGAUUGAGCUCUAAUUUAGCUCACAUAUGCAAAUAUCUGUCCAUUCUCUGCUCUAUUUUGGUCACGUGAUGUCACGGGUAAGAAACUGACAUAAACAAGGCAGAAAUUGACAGAAAGGAGGAAGUAUGUAGAUGCUGGGAAUUUAAAGCAACACGUACAAAAUGAUGGAGGAAUUCUGCACGUCAGGCAUCAGCUAUGGAAAUUAACAGUCGAUGUUUUUGGACCGUCUGAAAACUCAAGUAACUGCCAUACUUUUCAAUUUCUCUUCACCACCUUGUCCCACUUCUGAUUUUCAACAUCUCCCACCAUUUUUACCAUACACUCUGUUCAGGCUCUCCCACUGUCCACACUUCCAUUCCUCUUAUUUGCCCAAUACGCUCUUUGAUGUUAAUCAUCGUCCUUUCAGGCAGUGCAAAACAAAUCAUAAUGCAAAAAUAAUGGAAUUAGGGACACAUUUGUGCUUGCUUCAAACGACCUAACGCGUUCAGAAACUACAGUGCCCAGUCCCUCCCCCACUAGCGCUGUGCCUUCGCCGUGGCCGGGGGAGGGCCGGGGAUGCGACGCCGCCGUCAUUAGCCGCGUUACGUGCUGCCGAGGCGAGCGCAGAGGUUGUUGUGGACGGCAGGUGAGGACUGGCUACUGGCUGUGGUUGGCGCGGUGUUUGUAGAGAUGUCGGCGGAGUUUUUGGCACGAUCCUUUCAGAACUUGAGCCUGCAGCAUCCCGACGGCAGGCGAACGCCUAAACCGCGCAGGGGCAAGAGCAAGCGACUUUACUUGCUGAGAGGACUUCCUGGAUCGGGCAAAUCCACUCUGGCCAGGAAUUUAAAAUGUCAGUAUGGUGGUGCAGUGAUAUUGAGUACGGAUGAUUAUUUCGUCAGACAAGAUGGGUCCUAUUUAUUUGAGAAGUACUUACUUGAAGAAGCUCAUGAAUGGAACCAUGAGAGAGCCAAAUCGGCCAUGAGACAAGGGAAAUCUCCAAUUAUAAUAGACAAUACCAACAUUCAAGCAUGGGAAAUGAAACCAUAUGUGAUUAUGGCAAAAGAGAAUGGUUAUGAAGUGGAAUUCAGAGAACCAGACACGCCAUGGAAAUUUGACAUUAGAAAACUAACCAGAAUAAAUACUCACGGUGUUUCAAGAGAAGCAAUUGAACGGAUGAAAGAACGAUAUGAGAGGAAUAUCACAAUUGACAAAGUGCUACAUGCAGAAAGGGGAAAUUAACUGAUGCAGAGUUUCAGAAGAGGAAUGAACAAUGAUGGGGGAACAUCUGACAAGCUUAGUACAUGAAGCAGUACUACUUGUUGGACAGUUGCAGGACUAUUUUCCAAGUUUGAUAAGUCACAUUUUAGUCAGAUUGGAGCAAAACUGCUUUUAAACUAACUUUUUAAAAAAAUGUUAAAAGUGGUAAAACACUAAAGGUUUUUAAUCACAAACUAAAAAUGAUAAUUGUGACCAACAUAUUUUAUUCCUUUGUUUUAUUGCAUUUUGUCAAAUGCAAUUUGCUUGUUCUUUUGAGAUGCUUGAACCAGAAGCUUUACUGUGGACUUCUGUUUUAAAAUUUCCUGCAGCAAAUUUGUACCAGUAGUUCUAAGCUGGAUGCUCUUGUUCAGAAUUUGUGAUGGUAAAAGUCAAUUGUUUUGUUUUUUAAAAUUAGGGUUAGUUAAUAAUUUAAAUCACAGAACCCGUGUAACAAUUUUUGUAUGUGUAGAUGUAUAUUGCAUCUACAAUUAUUUUUAAUUAAUUCUCAGGAUUUUGGCAUUGCUGGCAAUGCUGGCGUUUAUCACCCAUUUCCAAUUGCUCUAAGUUGAUAAGUAGUAUUUUGUAGUGAUUUUAUACAGUUGAAUAUAUUGGUGGGUGGGUGCAGGAAGGGUUCACAAAUACAAUAGAUUUCUUUUCCAUAAAUAACUUCAGUGAGCCACUUGGAUUUUUUAAGACAUUGUCUCAUUAUUGUCUAUACUAACAGCCUUCAGUUUCAUUGAGUGAUUUGACAUGUUCAGAUAUUA